AACCGUCCAGCAGCUCUAUUCAAACAAAUCUGUGGCCAAAAACAGCUCAGAGCAGAAACGCAGUCAAGGCUGGACUGUCCAUCUCAGCACACGAGCUCCUUCUCUCUGCACGUCUCCACUGAUACAGGUAGGAAAGAGGAUGACAGCGUCUGUGCUUCUGCCUCUCAUCCUGAUGUGGGGGCUUUCGAGGGUCGAUGGCGUCCCGAGGCACGAAGAAAAGAACGUUGCUCUCGGAGCCAAGGCCGUCCAGUCUUCUACCGGUUAUAAUGGGCCAGCAAACAAAGCUGUGGAUGGCGACCUGCAAACCAAUUACCAUGUUUCGAGCUGCACUCACACUUCAAGGCAGUCGGAUCCCUGGUGGAGAGUGGACUUAUCAAAAACCUUCAACAUCACCAGGAUUGCCAUCACCAACCGAGGAGACUGCUGCGCAGAACGACUGAACGGGGCUCAGAUCCGAGUCGGAGACAGCUUGCAGAAUGACGGCAACAGCAACAAGAAAGUUGCGGUCAUACGAGCCAUUCUAAGUGGUCAUACCCGAUCAUACAGGCUCCAUGACGCAGUAGGGCGUUAUGUGAACAUCUUCCUCCCUGGAGAACAGAGGUUUCUGACAUUAUGUGAGGUGCAGGUAUUUGCAGACCUGAUUGAUGAACACAAGGCGAGUCUCCUGCCUGAGAAAGCCGGCCUCCACAACGUUGCCCUCAAAGGAAGAGCCACUCAGUCCAGUCUGAACGGCUCUGGAAUAUGGGCUGGCUUUGGGAUCGCUGGGAAUGCCAUCGAUGGUAACCGGAACUCGAACCUGAUGAUGGGCUCCUGCACUGAAACAGCACAGGAGAGCAUCCCCUGGUGGAGGGUGAACCUUCAUCGCAAAUACACAGUCUCCACCGUGGCUCUGACCAACCGAGGGGACUGCUGUCCAGAAGGUUUAGAUGGUGCCGAGAUCCGGAUCGGGAAUUCCAUUGAGAAUGAAGGAAAAGAUAAUCCACUCUGCGCCACUGUGUCCUCCAUCCCUGCUGGACAGACGGAGUACUUUAACUGCAGCACUCUGCUGGAGGGCAGUUACGUGACCGUGUCUCUGCCCCGAGAGGGAACUCUGAGUCUGUGUGAGGUGGAGGUGUUCGGAGUACCGCUCUCCCGGCACCGCAAUUAGAGGAAUCAGCGGAAUCAGAGGAAGAGUGUCAGCGCUCCUGAAGAGACAGUGAAACACCUUCUUACCUCCAGCUUCCAUAAAAUCAUUACUCAGAAUGUGCAUUACAGAUGCUCCAGUGUAAUAAAUAAUAAAUAAAUAAAAUAAAGUCCUUUUAAAUUCA